UAAUAUGGUUAUGUUUUAGUUUUACGAUUCUCCAAACCUUCGAAGGUGUUUACAUUUUUACAGACGUUUCUGUUUCUAAAUUUCUUGAUUUGAAGAUGUUAAUUACAAUGAUCAACUAAGAGAAGAACCAAAAACCAUUGUUUUUACUAGAAGACAGUGAUAUAUUUGGUAAAAUGGAGGCAAAAGCAGAAACUGAAAGUUCGCAGGGCGUAGAAACAAAUAAGACUACAUUUAAGAAACCAAUUUUAAUAGGUAAAAUUGGACGUUUACCUAGAAAAAUGUUGACUUCUAAUACAGCUUCACCCAACACUACCGACAAAUGUGAAAUUAAAGUACAGAGUAGCGAACCUGCUUUAGAAACAAUUGAAAACUCUCUAAGUGAACAAUUAGUAGAUCCCGAGCAAAGUCCAGAGCCUACUUCAAAACCGUUAAAAUCGCCUGCCGAACAAUUAUGUGAAAAUGCCCAGGCACUUCCUUACAAAGAACCAUCUUGGUCUGGUUUACCGCAACAAUCAGACAAAGAUUAUACUUUUGAAGUUUUGAAAUCAGGUGUCAUAGUUGAACAAAUUAAUCUGAUGAAAAAACCAUUCUGGGUGUUUGGCAGAUCUGUUAAUUGCGACAUCUAUAUGGCUCAUCCUACAAUUUCCAGGUAUCAUGCCGUUUUACAAUAUAGGGCUGUAGCAACUGAAAAAGAUACUGCAGGAUUUUAUAUUUAUGAUUUAAAUAGCACCCAUGGCACCUUUCUAAAUAAAAGAAAACUGAAACCUAAAAUGUAUGCUCCAGUUAAAGUAAGUAUGUACAUAAUACAGCAUAAUCGUGUUGAAAGCAACGAAACAUGUUUUUAUGCUUUUUGUAACUAAAAAGAAAAUUUGAUGUUUGCUGGGAAAGUAGC